CCCACAAUGCUCACCAUGGGGACACCCACCAGGAGGAAGUCACACCUGCUGCUGCUGCUGCUAGUCACUGUGGCCCUUGUCUCCUCUCCAGCUUGGAGUUCAGCCCGGGGAUCCCCGGCCACUUUUGGGCCAGUCUUUGAAGAUCAGCCCCUCGGUCUGCUAUUCCCGGAGGAAUCCACUGAGGAGAAGGUGACGCUGGCGUGCCGUGCCCGGGCCAGCCCUCCGGCCACCUAUAGGUGGAAGAUGAACGGUACCGAGAUGAAGUUGGUGCCGGGUUCCCGCCACCAGCUGGUAGGGGGCAACCUGGUCAUCAUGAACCCCACCAAGGCACAGGACGCCGGCGUCUACCAGUGCCUGGCCUCCAACCCAGUGGGCACCAUCGUCAGCAGGGAGGCUGUGCUCCGCUUCGGCUUUCUGCAGGAGUUCUCCAAGGAGGAGAGAGACCCAGUGAAAACCCACGAAGGCUGGGGGGUGAUGUUGCCCUGUAACCCACCUGCCCACUACCCAGGCCUGUCCUACCGCUGGCUCCUCAACGAGUUCCCCAACUUCAUCCCGACGGACGGGCGUCACUUCGUGUCCCAGACCACGGGGAACCUGUACAUUGCCCGGACCAACGCCUCAGACCUGGGCAACUACUCCUGCCUGGCCACCAGCCACAUGGACUUCUCCACCAAGAGCGUCUUCAGCAAGUUCGCUCAACUCAACCUGGCUGCUGAAGACACCAGGCUCUUUGCACCCAGCAUCAAGGCCCGGUUCCCGGCAGAGACCUACGCGCUGGUAGGACAGCAGGUCACCCUGGAGUGCUUCGCCUUUGGGAACCCUGUCCCUCAGAUCAAGUGGCGUAAAGUGGACGGCUCCUUGUCCCCCCAGUGGGCCACGGCCGAGCCCACCCUGCAGAUACCGAGCGUCGCCUUCGAGGAUGAGGGCACCUAUGAGUGUGAGGCGGAGAACUCCAAGGGCCGCGACACCGUCCAGGGCCGCAUCAUCGUGCAGGCUCAGCCCGAGUGGCUCAAGGUGAUCUCAGACAUGGAGGCUGACAUCGGUUCCAACCUCCGUUGGGGCUGUGCGGCGGCCGGCAAGCCCCGGCCCACGGUGCGCUGGCUGCGGAAUGGGGAGCCUCUGGCCUCCCAGAACCGUGUAGAGGUGCUGGCUGGGGACCUGCGCUUCUCCAAGCUGAGUCUGGAAGACUCGGGCAUGUACCAGUGCGUGGCAGAGAACAAGCACGGCACCAUCUACGCCAGCGCGGAGCUGGCCGUGCAAGCACUGGCCCCCGACUUCAGGCUGAACCCCGUAAAGCGUCUGAUCCCCGCGGCCCGCGGGGGAGAGAUCGUUAUCCCCUGCCAGCCCCGGGCGGCCCCGAAGGCUGUGGUGCUCUGGAGCAAAGGCACCGAGAUUCUGGUCAACAGCAGCAGAGUGACCGUAACUCCGGAUGGCACCUUGAUCAUAAGAAACAUCAGUCGGUCAGAUGAAGGCAAAUACACCUGCUUUGCUGAGAAUUUCAUGGGCAAAGCCAACAGCACGGGCAUUCUGUCUGUGCGAGAUGCAACCAAGAUCACUUUGGCCCCCUCGAGUGCUGAUGUCAACUUGGGGGACAGCCUGACCCUGCAGUGCCACGCCUCCCACGACCCCACCAUGGACCUCACCUUCAUCUGGACCCUGGAUGACUUCCCCAUCGACGUGGAUAAGCCUGGGGGUCACUACCGGAGGGCCAGUGUGAAGGAGACAGUUGGGGAUCUGACCAUCCUGAAUGCCCAGCUGCGCCACGGCGGGAAGUACACGUGCAUGGCCCAGACGGUGGUGGACAGUGCGUCCAAGGAGGCCACAGUCCUGGUCCGAGGUCCACCGGGUCCCCCAGGAGGUGUGGUGGUGAGGAACAUUGGCGACACCACCGUCCAGCUCAGCUGGAGCCGAGGCUUUGACAACCACAGCCCCAUUGCCAAGUACACCCUGCAAGCUCGCACUCCACCUGCAGGGAAGUGGAAGCAGGUUCGGACCAAUCCCGCCAACAUCGAGGGCAAUGCCGAGACCGCCCAGGUGCUGGGCCUCACACCCUGGAUGGACUACGAGUUCCGGGUCUUAGCCAGCAACAUCCUGGGCACUGGGGAACCCAGUGGGCCCUCCAGCAAAAUCCGGACCAAGGAAGCAGCCCCCUCAGUGGCACCCUCAGGACUCAGCGGAGGGGGUGGAGCCCCCGGAGAGCUCAUCGUCAACUGGACGCCCAUGUCGCGGGAGUACCAGAACGGAGACGGCUUCGGCUACCUGCUGUCCUUCCGCAGGCAGGGCAGCACCAGCUGGCAGACCGCCCGGGUGCCUGGCGCCGACGCCCGGCACUUCGUCUACAGCAAUGACAGCGUCCAGCCCUACACGCCCUUCGAGGUCAAGAUCCGCAGCUACAACCGCCGCGGGGAUGGGCCCGAGAGCCUCACCACGCUGGUGCACUCUGCUGAGGAAGAGCCCAGGGUGGCCCCUACCAAGGUCUGGGCCAAGGGGGUCUCAUCCUCAGAGAUGAACGUGACCUGGGAACCCGUGCAGCAAGACAUGAAUGGCAUCCUCCUGGGGUACGAGAUCCGCUACUGGAAAGCCGGGGACAAGGAAGCAGCCGCUGACCGAGUGAGGACAGCAGGGCUGGACACCAGUGCCCGAGUCACCGGCCUGCACCCCAACACCAAGUACCAUGUGACCGUGCGGGCCUACAACAGGGCAGGCACCGGGCCCGCCAGCCCUUCUGCCAACGCCACCACCAUGAAGCCCCCUCCACAGCGGCCUCCUGGCAACAUCUCCUGGACUUUCUCAAGCUCGAGUCUUAGUAUCAAGUGGGACCCUGUGGUUCCUCUCCGAAAUGAGUCUGCGGUCACUGGCUAUAAGAUGCUCUACCAGAAUGACUUACACCCAACUCCCACGCUUCACCUCACCAGCAAGAACUGGAUAGAAAUCGCAGUUCCUGAAGACAUCGGCCAUGCCCUAGUACAGAUUCGGACCACGGGACCUGGAGGGGACGGGAUCCCGGCCGAAGUCCACAUCGUGAGGAAUGGAGGCACAAGCAUGAUGGUGGAGAACUCCGCAAUCCGCCCGGCCCCGCGUCCCGGUGCCAUCCUCUCCCCGUCCGUGGCAAUGCUGGUCCUCAUAGGCUACCUGGAGCUCUGA